AUACUGCUACUCUCUGUCGUCUUCUUGAUCUGCCUGACAUCCUUGUUGGGACAUCCCUCUGAGGCCCCAUCUUCCACUCUCAGCCCCCUCUCUUCCAAAAAGUACCCUACACAACCCAAGAGUCUUGGGGCUUAAGCUUUUUUCCCACCUCUGAACACCCCUCUCCACCGACUCAACUGCCCCUGCUCACCAUGGCGGACCGAUACAUUCCCGAGCACCGUCGCACCCAAUUCAAGGCGAAGAGCUCGUUCAAGCCGGAAGACCUUCGUCGCCGUCGUGGAGAGCAGCAGAUCGAGAUUCGAAAGCAGCGACGAGAGGAAAAUCUCGCCAAGCGUCGAGGCAUCCAGACCCGCGAUGGACAGGUCGGCGUUGAGCCCGGUAUGGGCCUGGACAGCGACGAAGAGGGUGCUCCUAUCGAAACUGAGCUCGAUUCGGAGCUUCCAGAGAUGGUCAAGGGUGUCUUCUCAGACAAGAUCGAGGAACAGAUUCAAGCUACCACCAAGUUCCGGAAACUGCUCUCCAAAGAACGAAAUCCUCCCAUCGAGCGUGUGAUCGAGACCGGUGUCGUAUCCCGCUUCGUUGAGUUCCUGCGAUCUCCCCACACCUUGGUCCAGUUCGAAGCUGCUUGGGCCUUGACCAACAUCGCCUCCGGUUCCGCCCAGCAGACUCAGGUCGUCAUCGAAGCCGGUGCUGUCCCCAUUUUCGUUGAGCUUCUGAGCAGCCCCGAGCCAGAUGUUCGUGAGCAAGCUGUUUGGGCGCUCGGUAACAUCGCUGGCGACAGCCCCCAAUGCCGUGAUUAUGUCCUGGGUGCCGGAGCUCUCCGCCCGCUCCUGGCCCUGAUCAGCGAAGGCCGGAAAAUCAGUAUGCUGCGAAACGCCACCUGGACUCUCAGCAACUUCUGUCGUGGAAAGACUCCACAGCCUGACUGGCCAACGAUCUUGCCCGCCCUGCCGGUCCUCGCCAAGCUUGUCUACAUGUUUGACGAUGAAGUGCUCAUCGAUGCCUGCUGGGCUAUUUCGUACCUCUCCGACGGCUCAAACGAUAAGAUCCAAGCCGUGAUCGAAGCAGGCAUCCCCCGUCGCCUGGUAGAGCUUUUGAAUCACGCAUCCACCUCUGUGCAGACACCCGCACUUCGCUCCGUUGGCAACAUUGUCACCGGUGAUGAUAUCCAAACCCAAGUGAUCAUCAACUGUGGUGCUCUGCCUGCUCUCCUUUCACUGCUCAGCUCUACCAAGGAUGGCAUUCGAAAAGAGGCCUGCUGGACGAUUUCCAAUAUCACUGCCGGAAAUUCAACACAGAUUCAAGCCGUUAUCGAUGCAAAUAUCAUUCCCCCACUGAUCAAUCUCUUGUCCAACGGAGAUUUCAAGACCAGAAAGGAGGCUUGCUGGGCUAUCUCGAAUGCUACGUCUGGAGGUCUGCAGAAACCCGAUCAGAUUCGCUAUCUUGUGUCCCGUGGAUGCAUUAAGCCAUUGUGUGACCUCCUUGCAUGCCCCGAUAACAAGAUUAUUCAGGUCGCUCUCGAUGGACUGGAAAACAUCCUAAAGGUCGGAGAACUUGACAAAGAAUCUGGCGAGAUGGGAGAGCCAAACGUUAACCGAUAUGCUUUGUUCAUUGAAGAGGCUGGUGGUAUGGAAAAGAUCCACGAGUGCCAGAACAACGCGAACGAGGAGAUUUAUAUGAAAGCGUACAACAUCAUUGAGCGAUACUUCUCUGAUGAAGAUGAAGCUGGAGCCGAUAUCGACGAGCUGGCUCCUCAGCAGACACAAGCUGGAUUCACCCUUGGCACGAACCAACCCCAGACUGGUGCUUUCAACUUUGCCAACGGUGAUUCUAUGGACAUGUAAAGUUCAGAGUCUUCUUUUCAUUUUGAAUAAUUAUCUAUCACUAGGCGAAGAUCUACCCCGAUGACACCUAUUAUUUCACUCGCUGUUGCACACUUUAAACUGAUCUAAAGGGCAACAUCGACAAGAGAUAAACUGAAGGGGGGAGCACUGAUACCUCCUCCAAACCUUUAGGGCAUGCCCCCGCAGAUAAACGUAUUUGUGAAGCAUUCGCUCAAUCCAUGUUUUUUUUUUUUUUUGCUUUAAUGUUAUCUACCUGCCCCAGUUGUUGUGCUAUGAUGAACUUUCAUGAUAUACAGGAUGCACCGUCAUGUACUCUCCCCCCCAAAGCAUUUACCCAUUUUCUUUAUACAUCAAACACCGGCGUAAAUUCCAUAUCUACCCCUUCUUCCUCCCGGAUCUCUUCCUAGCGAGAUUUCCUUUUCAUUUUUUUUCCCCCCCAUCUUUCCAGUGUUGCCGGCAGGUCGGGUGGCCACGGAGGAAUCAUCAGUUAAUGCGGAAAGUCGGCCCCCAGUUUCCCCCUAUUGAUUUGUGCAGGUCUGCUUGGUUUUAUCUCGCGUUUGGGAAUUUAGUGCGGUCUCUGGUAUGGUUUUUCCUUUACUCCGUACAUUUAAUGGUUUUAUUCAGUUAUCCAUCUCCCUGCAGCGAUUCGUGAUUUUCUUUUUUUUUUUUCCCUUCAGAGCCACCCUUGUCUUUCUCGGUCCCCUUCCCCCCACCUUUUUUCCUUCGUAG